AUGGCCAGACGUUCCCAUCGGGCGUUAAGUACUGCGUUGAGAGAGUCAAGGAGGGGCGGGAUUCGAUACUGUGUACGGCAGCUCUUCUUGGACACACGAACUGUGUCAGGAUCCUCGUUGAAUACAGAGGCGCAGACGUCGAAGAACUUGGCUCAGAUUUCUCUGACAUUGAUAAAUAAGAAGUUUAUUUGCAGCCUCAGACAGACCAUUGAAUUGUUGUUCUUUGCAGUUUCGGCUGGAGGGCCUCUCCUGUCUGGAGUUAGUCCUUUAUGGUGCGCUGCUUUCGAAGAGCAUUACUGGGUUGUCGCCUAUCUUCUUUCUAAAGGCGCCAAUCCAAAUGGCGAUACGAGUUUCUACAGCACUCCAUUGCAAGCUGCAUGUGAGCUAGGGUACUUCCAUAUUGUCAGACUUCUUGUGGAACACGGGGCCUACAUCGAGGCUGCUGAUAACCGCGCUGUCACUUGCCUGAUGCUUGCUUCCUUCGGCGGCCAUUUGGAAAUCGUGAAUUACCUUUUGGAAGUGGGCGCUGAUGUGAACAGCAAAAACAUAGAAGGCGAAAGCGCACUCCACGCAUGCGCAAAGGCAGGACAUCUGGAUGUAAUGAAACUGUUGCUGGAACACAACGCUCGGAUGGGUGCCGACUAUUCUGGAUUAACGCCUUUGCUUGUGGCAAGCUCUCGUGGUCAUCGGGACAUGGUAGAAUAUCUGUUAAGUAGAAAUGACCUGGUAUCUGCAAAAGAGAAAGCUGAUGCAUUGGAGCUACUUGGAGCUUCCCUUUUCAGCAGUACGGAAGAUAUAGUCGCUACAGUUAAUUACUGGAAAUCAGCAAUCAAUCAGAGGUAAGUUUUCCAGCACCGGUGCUGCUUAAUAAUGAAAGCUUUUUCUGUAUGAUACUGUGAAUGCACUAAUCUACGUAUUAUUCUCUGGCAUUAUUGGUUAGCUAAAAUAAUUUUUAUAUAUUUUUGAUUCGAGUUACCUAAAUGUUGCAAUAUAUUUCCAGGUACGUCAAUGGCGCCCUCAUUUAUCCAAAAACCCACGAUAAUUUGUCUUGUCCUUCAGAUGGGGAGU